AUGAGGAUUUACAAAUCGAAUGACCCAGACAUUCACAUCCCCACCGACCUCAAUCUGACAGAGCUGCUUCACACCAGCGCGCGCUCCCCACCCUUUUCGUCUGAUCAUCUCAUUGCCCUUGACAAUCUCCAAACUCGCUCUUUGGCCCUUGGCCAGCUUCGCUCAACAGCUGGUAGAUUGGCAGCGGGAUUGGCUCACAGCUUCAGACCACCCGACCAGGCCCGAUGGGCUCUCAUCUUACCGAAUAGUGUGACCUACGUCGAAGCAGUUCACGCGGUCCUUUGGUCCGGCGGCGUGUGGUGCCCUAUCAAUCACCAACUCAAAGCGGGAGAGAUAGCGCAUGCUUUGAGAGUUUCGAGACCGGACUUUGUCAUUGCGUAUUCGGAGGUGGUGGGAAAGGUAGAUGAGAGCGUCAAGAUUGCGAGGCAGAAAAGCCCUGACUGGAGGCACCCCAAAGUUUUGACGGCAAUAGGGUCGCCCGCCAAAGGAUACCCAGACCUUUAUGCGGAUUUCUUGGCCACCGAAUCGUUACCUAUUCCACAUUAUGCAGAUACUCGGAAGCGUCUGGCAUCGAUCCAUCUCUCUUCGGGAACGACGGGGAACCCGAAAGGUGUCGGCAUUUCCCAUUUCAAUUAUGUGGCAAACGUGUACCAGAUGUUCGCGCACGACCCGGAUCAGUGGUCGCCGAAAGAGAAAGUGGUUGCAUUCACGCCGUUUGUGCAUAUUGCCAACACGACUUUACCUCUUUUCCUGGGCCCCUGGACAGGGACGGCUCAUGUUAUCAUGGCGUCAUUUGAGAUCGAGGCAUAUGCCAAAUUGAUCCAGCAAACAAAGGCAACCUCCGCUCAGAUCUCUCCCGCGACAGCCGUUGCGAUUGCGACCACGGAUCUGGUUGAGAGAUAUAACUUUUCGAGCAUUACACGUUUCAUUUGCAUACCGAUUCCCUUGAAAGAGGACAUGUACCGCACGUUCUUGAGCCAGGGUCGAUGGAAGACCGUGACCCUGUACGGGAUGACCGAGGCGGCUCCAUAUGUGGCCUGGAAAGCGAUGGGGGACUCCAUGCCCGCGUCUAAAAGCGGAACGAUCCUGCCAAAUAUUCUGGCGUCUCUGAGACUUGAACAUGGCGAAGAUGCUCCGGAAGGCGGACCGGGAGAGCUGUGGCUCAAAGGGCCGAACUUGGUUGCGGGAUAUGUGGACAAUCCCACGGCCAAUCAGGUAGCCUUUGAUGGGGAAGGGUGGUAUAACACGGGUGACGUGUGUACCAUAUCCCCCGAAGGACAUUUGCAGGUUGUCGGAAGAACAAAAGAGCUGAUCAAGUACAAUGGCUUUCAAGUCAGUCCGACAGAACUGGAGGCAUACAUCUUCUCACAUCCCGACAUUGAAGAUUCUGCUGUUGGAGGAGUCUAUGACCGAACCAAGAUGACUGAACUGCCCACGGCGUAUGUGGUGUUCAAGAGCCAUUUGACGGACAGAGACCAAAAGAUCCAGGCAUUGAAGGACCUUCAAACACGGGUCGAUCGUCAAGUUAGCGGUUACAAGAAGUUGCGGGGGGGAGUAUGGGAGGUGACCAUGGUACCACGGAAUGCCACUUUGAAGGUCUUGAGGAAGCAGCUUGGAACGUACAAGACGGGACUCUGUUCAUUGGACAAUGAGAAAGAGUCGGCGAAAUUGUAG